AUGCGCCCUCUGUUCCUCCUGCUAGGCCUCAUAGGUUUUGUCUCCGCCUACGACCUAGUCCGUGACUACUCCGGUCCGACCUUCUUCGAUGACUGGGACUUCUACGGUAGCUGGGAUAACCUAACAUUAGGUGACGUCUGGUGGCUAAACAGGGAAGACGCGUUCUCUCAGCGUUUAGUAUCCACCACCCCCACCGGAACCUCGAUCCUCAAAAUCGACAACAGCGCUUUCGUCCCAUUUAACACAAAACGAAACUCAGUCAGGAUCACUUCGAAACAUGCUUAUGGCGUUGGGUCUCUUUGGGUGAUUGAUCUUCUUCAUAUACCUUAUGGAUGUUCCGUUUGGCCGGCGUUUUGGACGAAAGGACCGGUGUGGCCUGAUAAUGGAGAAAUAGACAUUAUGGAGGGUAUAAACGGGAUGCAGACGAACCAAUACGCUUUACAUACCCUUCCAGGAUGUGUACACUCACCCUCGCCACAAAAGGGUACCACGAGGGAAGUGGAUUGUUCUGUUCCUUCUGGGUGCACGGUCAUGGAAGCCUCUGGGAACAGCUAUGGUCCCGGAUUUGCAGUAGCUGGUGGAGGGGUUUAUGCAACACAGUUUGAUGUUACGGGGAUCUACAUCUGGUUCUUCCCCCGCUCAUCCAUCCCGUCUUCCCUUCUCCAAUCCUCGAAUUCACCCUCUCUCUCGUUGUCAGACUGGGGUCCUCCGUCUGCAAGUUACCCCUCGAAAUCGUGUAACAUUCCCCAGUUCUUUUCACCCCAGAAUCUCGUGCUUGAUAUUACACUAUGCGGAAUCUGGGCUGGGGAUCCGGUGAACUAUCUUCCUACCUGCGGCAACAGCGGUGGCGGAAGCACAUCAAACCAGGGAGGACAGCCAGGGCAAGGAGGACCCACACAGUGUUACUUGGAUAACGUUGUAGGACAAGGUUCACCAAAGUACGAUAACGCGUAUUUUGAGAUCAAUCAUGUGAGGGCGUAUACAACAGGAGGUGCCGUUCCUUCCCCUACUGUUCCUAUUUCAUCUGGGAGGCAAUUCAAGAAUGGUGCGGUGCGAGUCCGGGUUGGGUUGGGGUUAUUUGGGAGAGGGCUGAUUCUUGUUCUUCUCUUCGUGGUUGCUAGGGUCUUUUCAUGA